AUGGCAACCCACGACUUCGCGAAUGAAGGCCAUAGCACCCUGAAACCUCCUUAUGACCUUGCAGGCUUUCAAUCGCUGGGUUGGGGCUCCGGAUACCAGACUCCCUCGCGCGGCGGCAUCGUUGUUUUCUCCGGCGGCAGUGCAGCCAACAAUCUCGUUGACCUGUUCAAUCAAGUGAGAGCAGCUAAUGAUACCACUCUGACCUAUGUCAUCCCGAUUUCGGACAAUGGGGGAAGCAGUAGCGAGCUGAUCCGGGUAUUUGGUGGACCCGGAAUUGGCGAUGUUCGCUCACGCUUGGUGCGACUUAUUCCCGAAGACGGUGGCGAGGAAACAAAGGCGAUCAAGCAGUUCUUCAACUAUCGUCUGCCCCCAAGCUACUCAGAGGCACGCGUCGAGUGGCUCGAUAUCGUGGACGCCAACCACCUCCUUUGGAAUGGAAUCAGCAGCCCCAAGAGGGAGCUGAUCCGGAGUUUCCUCAACGCCUUCAACUUGGAGGUGGUCAAGAGGCUACGGCCUACGAGUCGCUUCGAUUUCUCCGGCGCCAGCAUUGGCAAUCUCUUCCUCACGGGAGCUCGACUGUUCACGGGAAGUUUCGAGUCUGCAGUAUACCUACUGUCCAGCAUCUGCGCCGUUCCUGCAUCUACGUCUGUUUUGCCAGUCUUGAACACCAACUUCGCCCAUCACAUCGCUGCCGGCCUAAGCGAUGGGACUGUCAUUACGGGACAGAACAGUAUCUCGCAUCCCAGUAAUCCUUCACAGGCGGUGCCAGGGGCUAGGACGGCCUCGAUUGCUCGUCUUAUCGAAAGCGAGAUGGAAGAACAAGACAAAGUUGAAGACGCCAAUCUACCGGGAACCCUGCCGGUGCUACGGAAACCAGCCAUCAAGUUCAGCAAGGAGGACGAGGAAGACAUCCCCGCGCGAAUUCAACGGGUAUGGUACAUCAACCCGUAUGGACAGGAGAUUAGCCUGCCAGCCAACCCCCGCGUGGUGGAAGCGAUCCACGGAGCCAAAUGUAUCAUCUACAGCAUCGGGAGUCUAUUCACCUCCAUCUUACCAUCGCUGAUUCUACGCAACGUCGGAGAAGCAGUCGCAUCUCCCGCGAUACGCACAAAGAUACUCAUUCUGAAUGGUACGAUUGAUCGGGAGACUGGCCCACGCGAUGACCCCUUCACCGCUCUAGACUUUGUGGCAGCAAUUUCGAACGCUUGCGCUCAAUCGAGGGGGUCGCCUCCUCCAGAACGGGUGGACUACGCGCGAUAUGUCACCCAUAUCGUCCACCUGGUAGGCCAGUCGAGCCCACGAGUGGACAAGCAAGAAUUCGCCGAUAUUGGAAUCGAGUCGGUGCGGCUGUAUGGCCCGAGAGAGGGGCGAUACGAUGAAAAAGGGCUUGCGCAAGCACUCGGAGCCAUUAUUGGAAGAAGAGACCUCAAGAGUGAUCGCACGAGGCGGAACACGCUGGUGGGAUGA